CCGCGGCCGGGAGUGUCCUUAUCCCCCUGCCCGCUCCAUUUGGAGCUGCUGCACGAGUGGAAAUGCUCUCAGUGGUGGAGAAUGGACUGGACCCCCGGUCUGCCAUCCCGGUCAUCAAGAAGAAGCUGGUGGGAUCAGUGAAGGCAUUGCAGAAACAGUACGUGUCCUUGGACACAGUGGUCACCAGUGAAGACGGAGAUGCCAACACCAUGUGUAGUGCCUUGGAGGCUGUGUUUAUCCAUGGCCUACAUGCCAAGCACAUCCGAGUGGAGGCCGGAGGAAAGAGGAAGAAAACUACCCACCAGAAGCCUCUUCCUCAGCCUGUCUUCUGGCCCCUCCUGAAAGCCAUCACUCACAAACACAUCAUCUCAGAAUUGGAGCACCUGAUCUUUGUCAACACAGAUGUGGGCCGCUGCCGGGCCUGGCUCCGGUUGGCCCUUAACGAUGGCCUGAUGGAAUGCUACCUGAAACUGCUCCUUCAGGAGCAGGUCCGGCUGUGCGAGUAUUAUCAGCCCACAGCCCUGCUUCGAGAUGCAGAGGAGGGUGAAUUUCUCCUUAGCUUCCUGCAGGGACUAACAUCCUUGUCCUUCGAACUCUCCUACAAGUCUGCCAUCUUAAACGAAUGGACACUCACCCCAUUAGCCCUUUCUGGGCUUUGCCCAUUCUCCGAGCUUGACCCUCUCACUACCUCUGGUGCAGAACUACAGCGGAAGGAGUCUCUGGAUUCAAUUUCCCAUUCCUCUGGCUCAGAGGACAUCGAAGUCCAGCACUCGGGCCAUAAGAUCCGGCGGAAUAGGAAGCUCACUGCCUCCACCCUCAGCCUGGAUACAGCCAGUUCAUCCCAGCUAUCCUGCAGCUUGAACUCCGAUAGCUGCCUACUCCAAGAGAAUGGCUCCAAGAGUCCAGACCGUUCUGAGGAGCCCAUGUCCUACGACUCAGACCUGGGGACAGCAAAUGCUGACGAUUCAGAUCGGUCUCUGCAAGAGGUAUUGUCAGAAUUCAGCAAAGCCCAGGUAAAUACUGUGCCAACCAACGGACUGAGCCAAGAAACCGAGACUCCUGCACUCCAGGCCUCACUGUCCUUCCAUGGCCUGGGCACCAGCACACACCUGCACUUUGAUGUGCCUGCAGAGCCCAUCCCUGCCCAAGCAUCCUCUGGGACUCCAGGUGGUGACCACAAGCAGGAGCUGCUUUCCCAGGCACCUGGCACCCUGGGUUUGCCACAGCUGGGCACUACCCAAACUGCCUCUGUGGGAAACACAUCAGCCCAGCAGCCUUCCAGUCCUGUGAGGGAGAAGACCAGGGCAAGCUGCCAAGGGAGUGGCCAGAAGAAGCCUCCAGAGGGUGACAGUGUUGGACUGAACCUUGUGGUUUCCUCACCCACCAGUCCGAAAAGCAAGAGCUGGAUCUCAGAAGAUGACUUCUACCGGCCUUCCCGGGAACGACUCCCUGAGAGUCCUUCAGAUCCCUCCGUGGCUUCUUCCAGAGGGGUACUGGAGUCAAGGCCUGGUCUCCACAGGCAUUUUUCUCAAGAGCCAAGAAAAAGCCACUCCAUGGGGGCCUUAGACAAAGCUUGUGUGCCUUCCCCAGAAAGCAGGAUAACCAAGGCAACCCCCAUACAAGAGCAUAAGAACUUCUGGGUGGUGCACCGGAGGCAGAUGGGGCUGUCCAAUCCGUUCCGGGGCCUCAUGAAGCUGGGCACACUGGAGCGGCGGGGGGCGAUGGGCAUAUGGAAAGAACUCUUCUGCGAGCUCUCCCCACUGGAGUUCCGCCUCUACCUGAGCAAUGAGGAGCGCACCUGUGUGGAGAACUGCUCCCUCCUGCGCUGUGAAUCUGUGGGGCCAGCCCACAGUGACGGGCGCUUCGAUCUGGUCUUCUCUGGCAAGAAGCUGACCUUGCGGGCCUCCUCCCAGGACGAAGCUGAGGACUGGCUGGACCGGGUACAGGAGGCCCUGCAGAAGUGCCGGCCUCAGCAGGAGGACGAGUGGGUGAACAUCCAGUACCCAGAGCUGCCUGACAACUCCCCAGAGGCUCCUCCUAGUGGUCUCCCCUCCCACUCAGACCCACUCUGGGAACCGGAAGCCUUCCAGGGCACGCAGUUCGAUUGGGCAUUGGCCCAGGUUCCAGAGCCAGACGCUAUUAAGGAAUCCCUUCUGUACCUGUACACAGACAGGACCUGGAUGCCCUAUAUUUUUUCACUGUCCUUGGAGUCUCUGAAAUGCUUCCGCAUGAGGAACAAUGAAAAGAUGUUAAGUGACAGCCAUGGAAUUGAGACCAUCCGAGAUAUUCUACCAGACACAAGCCUCGGGGGCCCAUCAUUCUUCAAAAUCAUCACAGCCAAGGCUGUCCUGAAGCUGCAGGCUGGGAGUGCUGAGGAGGCUGCCCUGUGGAGGGAUCUAGUACGCCAGGUCCUGGCGUCCUACUUGGAGACAGCUGAAGAGGCAGUGACACUAGGUGGGAGUCUGGAUGAAAACUGCCAGGAGGUGCUGAAGUUCGCCACGCGGGAGAACGGCUUUCUGCUGCAGUACCUGGUGGCCAUCCCCACCGAGAAAGGCCUCGACUCCCAGGGCUGCUUCUGUGCAGGUUGCUCCCGGCAGAUCGGCUUCUCAUUUGUACGACCCAAGCUCUGUGCCUUCUCUGGCCUCUAUUACUGUGACGUAUGCCACCAAGACGAUGCCUCAGUGAUUCCAGCCAGGAUCAUCCACAAUUGGGACCUCACCAAGCGUCCGAUUUGCCGGCAGGCCCUGAAGUUCCUAACGCAGAUCCAGGCCCAGCCCCUCAUCAACCUGCAGCUGGUGAACGCAUCUCUGUACGACCACGUGGAGCAGAUGCACCUCAUUGGGAGGAGCCGGGAGCAGCUGAAGCUUCUGGGGGAUUAUCUGAGCCUGUGCCGAAGUGGGGCCCUGAAGGAGCUAAGCAAGAGGCUCAACCAUAGGAAUUAUCUCUUGGAGUUUCCCCACAAGUACAGUGUUGCUGACCUCCAGCAGAUCGCGGAGGGAGUGUAUGAAGGAUUCCUCAAGGCCCUCAUUGAAUUUGCCUCCCAGCACGUCUACCACUGUGACCUGUGUACCCAGCGGGGCUUCAUCUGCCAGAUCUGCCACCACCACGACAUCAUCUUCCCCUUUGAGUUUGACACCACGGUCAGGUGUGGCGAGUGCAAGACGGUCUUCCACCAGAGCUGCCAGGCCGUGGUGAAGAAGGGCUGCCCCCGCUGUGCCCGCCGGCGCAAGUACCAGGAACAGAACAGCUUCACUUAACCCCAGCCUCCUGUCCCCCACCCCAGAGGCUGCAGGGGUGAGGGUAAAACUCAGCCAUUGCAGUUGGGUUUCCCAUCAGCCUGGGUUACUGUCUCAAGGUGGCACAGCUGUCUCUCUGUGUCAGGAAGACACUCAAAUGUGACCAGAGCAUGAGCCUCUCCAGGAAAGGCAAGGAAGCCCCAUGAUGCCUCAUCACUUCCCCAUCACCCACCUGUUCUAGGAAUGGGGGAUACAGAGAGCCCCUGUCCCAGGGGGCUGAGGAGGCUUUGCACUGAUUAGGCCCCAGUUCCCCUCACUGUCACUGGGGCCUCCAUUAGGGCUGUGAAACCACUGUGGAAAUGAGACUUGGGGAACAUUUUCAAUUCCACAUUCCUGAUUAAAAGGUCUAGUUUUUAAGGUGGGCUUUUCCCCCCCUUCCUAUUUCAACAGAAAAUAUUUUUUUAUGCUUGAUCUAUACAAGUAACCCAAGAAAUCCUGGCAUUCUCACCCUAAGCAGGAUGUGCAAGAGCUGCUGAGGCCUGCCCUGUAGGUGGGUGGCUGGCUGGCAGGCAGGUCACUGCAGGGACUAGAGCCUGUCAGCUGGACCUGGUGCCUUGCCUGUGCCCUCACCUGGAGCUCACUGCUGACAGCUGUGGGCAGCAUUCCAAACCGCCCAUCAGCAGGGCAGGUGACAGUGUCAACUGACGACCUUCUUCCUCUCCUCUCUCCUUCACUCCCUGCCCCCACUUUCCUAACCUGAAAGGCCCAUUACCCACCCAGCUCCUCUCUAGCCUGGGAUCUUGCUUCCAGCAGGAGAAGGGGAAAUGACUCGAAACCAGCACUGUCAGCACUUUGAGUCUUUCUUGCUCCAGAGAAGGGUCAUCAUCUUGCCCACCCCUCAUCCCCACACCCUCACUCCCACCACAGACAGCAAGCCAGAUGGGCAGGCGGCUGCUGUGGACACUCCAGGCCUCCUCGGGCAGACACAUGGGAUGCACCCCUUGCCUGACUGACCCCUGCCAGAGCAGGGAGAUGAGCAGGACCCACAGAAGGAACAGCUUUAGACACCAUGGCUGUCAGCCCUGCACUGGGGAGUACCGACCCCAUGGUUCUGUGAAGAGUGGCAGCCCCACUGCCAAGAUGUGCAGGGACAUGUGGGAGAAGCCACCCUUGUGAAGGAUCCUUGGCCUCAGUUUUACAAAGCUGUUUGUUCACAAAGCUUUACUGGACUUGUCUGGUGGGGGUACUGCAAGAGACUGGAAACUUGGGAGGCAGGGUUGCCUUUAGAAGGGGAUCUUGGGCUGGGAUGGGCCUGGAAUUGCCUUGAGGUUUGGGGGAAAAUCUGGGUGUGAUUGCCCUGCUGCCUCCCCCACCUCUCCUGGACCCAGCAGGCCCUCUCAGCCCUGGAACCCUCUGGCCACCUCACCUGUACUCAGCUGGCAGUUAGAGCCUCAGCUGGAGGUCCUGCCUGUCACUGUCAAGAGCUGACCCAACCCCCACCUCUCCCUUGGGGUGAUUUGGCUGCUGAGUCACCUGCCCAGCCUUGUGGAGCUGGGGAAAUUGUGCAAUAGAACAGAGGAGGCGGGCAGGCAGGUGGUGCAGGGGGAGGAAGCUGCCACACAGCUUCUCCAUCCCCAUCAUGGAAGCUGGUAUAAGCUGUGCCCAGAACUCAAAGCCUCUUAAAUCAGAAAAUGGGUCCUCAUCCCCUCUCCCCAUAGCCAGCAUUAAUGCCCCACAACAAACACAGCUUGAUCAGAGCCAUAUUUGCCCCAGAUCCCUGAGUGGGAAGGAGCCCAGCCUGGGGCAGGCAGUGCCACUCCAGCUCGGCUCUCUUUUCUCAGACCUGUGAGUAUAUUCCAGAAGGUGCCCUAGGAGCAGCAGGAGUGAAGACCUGGUAGAGCUCAUUUUGGUUGGUGGGGCUUCCCCUGACCCAGCAUUAGGGCUGACCCUCUCCCCAUUACCAAAAGUUGCUAAUGCUUUCAAAUGAGUUGACUUCUACCCCCCUGCCCGCCUCCAAUGGAAAGUUGAUAUGAACUUCAUUAGUGCCCACACUAUUUUUAAAAUGUUAUUUUAUGCAAUAAACUGUUUGUAGUGAGUGGGGCUCUGGCCCUGAGGAGUGCUUUGCAAUGCAUUGAAGGAACUGCUGCUGUGUGAUUUUUGAAUAAUUUUGCAGUAAAGACCUGGUCUUUUUAAA